AUGACACAAGUCAAUUCUCAUAUUUUUCCUUUUGGCGAUGGCAGUUGGUCUGCAGAAGGAGAAAUUAUUGACGUCGAUAUUAGUGACAUAAACAUUGUAUUAAUUUGCAACAACGAUAUUCGACUUGCGACUCAAAUUGUGAAUAGGUUACGAAAGAGGGGAGCAAAAAAAAUUCGAUUAUGCUAUCCCGAAGAACUACAAAUUAAAUACGUGAAAGCCGAAAUUGAUGCGAUCGGUGUACCAGUUUACUUACAAUCACAGGCUUAUUUCGAAUGGAACAUAAUCGAUGCGACGGUCGUGAUUAGCUUAUUAUAUAAUAAUUUCGAUAAGCAAGAAAUGCUAUUUAACGCCUGUAUUCGACAAAGUGUACCACUUUUUAUUACCUGGGAUUCUGGAAUGGAGUUGGAACUAUUUGUUAAAGAUAAAGAAUGUCCUCGAACAAGGUUACAUAAAAAAUUUUUGGAUCAUCAGUUAAUAUGUAAAAGUCACCCUUGUGGAAUGCAUUGGAUUCUAUUUCAAGUCGGUAUCUUUGAAGAAGAAAUUCUAAAACAUGACAUUUCUACAAUAACGACCGCAUUCAAUAGUCCAAAUCAAUACAUUUUCUUAAAUGUUACAAUUAAAGAAGAUUUGGCUCAAUUAGUCGUAGAAUCCAUGAUAUCAAGAACAAUACAACUUAAUAGAAAUUAUGUUGUUGGUGAUUUCAUCGCUCACACAUUUCUGGGUCAUGUAUAUCAAGUUGCAAAUAAUGGUAUGAAAUACAAUCAUAAGAUGCCAGCAUCCAUAACUGAAUUCGAAACUUCUAAUCAACUGCGACUAGCUGGUAUCGUUUCUGCACGACCUCUUCCUCGAAUUCUAUAUCCAGGUUGCAGUAUAUUUCUUCAAAAACUUGGUAUUGAAGUUUCUUUUCAACAUGAUGCUACUAUCUAUAAAAUUUUAAGACAUCAUCAACAGAUAACCUUAAAACAAUGGUUCCUUAAUAAAAUUUCAAACCCGGCAUUUUGA